CAUGCAUCGUAGACACACCACAGUGCGGGAGAAGGGGCGUCGCCAAGCCGUGCGAGGACCCGCCUACAUGUUUAACGAGCGUGGCUCGGCCCUGACACCCGAGGAAGAGGGUUUCCUUGAUGCCGCCGAGUACGGCAACAUCCCAGUGGUUCGCAAGAUGCUGGAGGAGUCCAAGACCCUUAACUUCAACUGUGUGGACUACAUGGGCCAGAAUGCAUUGCAGCUGGCGGUGGGAAACGAACACUUGGAAGUGACUGAGCUGUUGUUAAAGAAGGAGGGGCAAGCCAGAGUGGGUGACGGGCUCCUAUUGGCUAUAUCUAAAGGCUAUGUGCGUAUUGUGGAAGCCAUAUUAGGGAACCCGGCAUUUAGCCAGGGGCUGCGGCUCACUCUGAGUCCCCUUGAACAGGAGCUACGGGAUGACGAUUUUUACGCUUACGACGAAGACGGGACUCGGUUUUCUCACGACGUCACCCCUAUCAUCCUAGCAGCACACUGUCAGGAAUAUGAGAUUGUACAUAUCCUGCUCACCAAGGGGGCCCGCAUUGAGAGGCCUCACGACUACUUCUGUAAGUGCAAUGAGUGUGCAGAGAAGCAGAGGAGGGACUCAUUCAGCCACUCCCGCUCCAGGAUGAACGCUUAUAAAGGGCUGGCCAGUGCUGCCUACCUGUCCCUGUCUAGUGAGGAUCCUGUAUUCACCUCGCUGGAGCUCAGCAACGAACUGGCCAGACUGGCUAACAUAGAGACUGAGUUUAAGAAUGACUACAGGAAGUUGUCCAUGCAGUGUAAGGACUUUGUCGUGGGGGUGUUGGACCAGUGCAGAGACACAGAGGAGGUGGAGGCCAUCUUGAACGGUGACGUGGACAAUGCCCCGCCCAGCGGAAACAACCGGCCCUGCCUCGAACGCGUCAAACUGGCCAUUAAAUAUGAGGUCAAAAAGUUUGUGGCCCAUCCUAACUGCCAGCAGCAGCUGCUGACUAUCUGGUAUGAGAACCUGUCAGGUCUGAGGCAGCAGUCCAUCGGAGUCAAGUGUUGGACCGUUCUGGGGGUCAGCUUGGGACUGCCCUUCCUGGCUCUCGCCUACUGGAUCAUGCCCUGCAGCAAGUUGGGUCAGAUCCUGAGAAGUCCUUUCAUGAAGUUUGUGGCCCACGCCGUGUCCUUCACCAUCUUCCUGGGCCUGCUGGUCAUCAAUGCCUCAGACCGCUUUGAGGGGGUCAAGAACCUGCCCAACGAGACCAUCACUGACCACCCUCGUCAGGUGUUCCGGGUCAAGACCACUCAGUUCUCCUGGACGGAGAUGCUGAUCAUGAAGUGGGUGCUGGGUAUGAUCUGGUCAGAGGUCAAGGAGAUCUGGGUGGACGGCCCUAGAGAGUACGUGAAUCACUUAUGGAACGUGUUAGACUUCGGCAUGUUGUCUAUCUUCGUAGCAUCGUUCACCGCUCGGCUCAUGGCCUUCCUCAAGGCCUCCAAGGCCCAGCUGUACGUAGACCAGUUUGUGACCAACGAAGACAUCCGCAACGCGUCCCUACCUACUGAGGUUGCCUACUACACCUAUGCCAGGAAUAAGUGGCGUCCGUCGGACCCCCAGAUCAUCUCGGAGGGUCUGUAUGCCAUCGCUGUGGUGCUGAGUUUCUCCCGCAUCGCCUACAUCCUGCCAGCCAACGAGAGCUUCGGCCCGCUCCAGAUCUCCCUGGGCCGGACGGUGAAGGACAUCUUCAAGUUCAUGGUGAUCUUCAUCAUGGUGUUUGUGGCCUUCAUGAUCGGCAUGUUCAACCUCUACUCCCACUACCUGGGAGCCAAGUACAACCCUGCCUUCACCACGGUGGAGGAGAGCUUUAAGACCCUGUUCUGGUCCAUCUUUGGUCUGUCGGAGGUGAUCUCCGUGGUCCUGAAGUAUGACCAUAAGUUUAUAGAGAACAUUGGUUAUGUGCUCUACGGGGUCUAUAACGUCACCAUGGUGGUGGUUCUACUCAACAUGCUCAUCGCUAUGAUCAACAGCUCCUACCAGGAGAUAGAGACAGAUGCAGAUGUAGAGUGGAAGUUUGCCCGUGCCAAGCUGUGGAUGUCCUACUUUGACGAGGGUCGUACUCUGCCCGCUCCCUUCAACAUGGUGCCGUCUCCCAAGUCCUGGUAUUACCUUGUCCUCCGCACCAAGGCCGGCCUUGUUCACCUCUGCAAGGCCAAGGACCUUCGCCACGACAACGAGUUGGAGAUGGGCAUGCUCAACUCACGAUUCAAGGCCAGAGGGGAGAGGACAAAGGUCUGAACCCAAUUGAACACUUAUAGGAGAUUCUGGAGCAACAUCUGAAACAGCGUUUUCCACCACCAUCAACAAAACAACAAAUUAUGGAAUUUCUCGUGCAAAAAUGGUGUCGCUUCCCACCAAUAGAGUUCCAGACACUUGUAGAAUCUAUGCCAAGGCGCAUUGAAGCUGUUCUGGUGGCUCAUGGUGGCAUAACACCCUAUUAAGACACUUUAUGUUGGUGUUUCCUUUAUUUUGACAGUUACUGUCAUGACUUCUCCCGAAGUCGAAGCCUUUCCUUGGUUGGGCGGUGUUCGGCGGUCGACGUCGCUGGUCUUCUAGCCAUCGCCGAUCCAUUUUUAAUUUUCCAUUUGUUUUGUCUCGUUUUCCCACACACCUGGUUCUCAUUUCCCUCAUUACGUGAUGUGUAUUUAACCCUCUGUUUCCCCCAUGUCUUUGUAUGGUAUUGUUUAUUCUGUUUUCAUGUAUGCGCACGUUAGGCUGGUUGUACUGGGUUAUGUUCAACCCGUAUUUGUAUUUCGUGUUCAUUUGUGCCAUGUGCUUUUGGUUCGCCAAAUAAAAGGCUCCGUU